AUGACCGCACAACUAUAUCCCAAUGCAGAGAUAAUCUCUCGGCCUGGUUCAGUGCCACUGGGGAAGAAUUCCUUGAACUGGGUCACGGAAGUCAGCCACGACAUCCGUCUGUUAUUGUCUACACGAACUUUGUGUAUAUACAAUACUACACUGCUAAAUUGCUACUCCAUCAUCAGAAACUCAUGGUUGAUGUUGGCCUGUCUGGUGCGACUGAGUUUCUCCCCUCUACUCUGGUCGAUGAGGUUCGGUCUGCCACCUUUCGCCUUAUCGACCAUCUGGCAGAGCCCGUCCGACUCGGACUUGCGCGGUUUCUGCCCGUCAGUGUGGCUGCCUUUGCCGCUGUGCCCAUGA